AUGAUGCCCAGCCAGCCAGCCUCGGCCGAUACAAGACUCUGUCCGCCCUGCUGCCCUGCCCGCCCCUGGACAAAAGGACGCGUCGACAACGUCGAGAAGCCAGGCGGUAUCGCCACUGGCGCCGAGGCCAAAGGAAGAGCCUGGCCCCAGAAUCGCUCACCAACUCACCCUCUCGCCCACUACUCACUCGUGGUCUUCGUCCCCGUGCUCCGUAGUGGUAACUACGUACAGACGCCUUCGUACGAGCAAACGCCACACGUUUUGUCGUCAGGCACAGGCACGCCAUACUACGACUGA